GUGACGUAAUCAGCCUGUGCGCCACACUUGACAGUGAAAGUGAUCUCCUCCACAAAGAACAAUGGCUCUGAGGCAUAUCCUGCGGUCCGCAGUGCAGAAGCGUGUCCUCCGGACAUCCUGGCAACCACUGCGUUGCAUGUCGCACUACCCGAUUGAUGAAAAUCUCUACGGAUUGAGUACAGAACAGCAACAACUCCGGCAGACUGUCUUCAACUUCCUGCAGAAGGAAUUAGCGCCAUAUGCUCAGGAGAUUGAUAAGGAGAAUAAUUUCAAGAACCUCCGGGAGUUCUGGAAGAAGAGCGGAGAACUGGGACUUUUGGGAAUUUCAGCUCCAACGGAAUAUGGAGGAACUGGAGGAAGUUAUCUGGAUCAGUGCAUUGUUUACGAAGAGAUUUCCAGAGUGAGUGGUGCUAUAGGACUAUCCUACGGUGCUCACGUUAGUUUAUGCCUGAAUCAGUUGAAACGUCUCGGAACGGACGAGCAAAAGGAGAAAUAUCUCCCAAAGCUUUGCAGCGGAGAGCACAUGGGAGCCCUGGCUAUGAGCGAACCUAAUGCAGGAAGCGACGUAGUUUCCAUGAAGACUCGUGCAGAGAAGAAGGGAGACUACUACAUCCUGAAUGGAAGCAAAUUCUGGAUUACAAACGGCCCCGAUGCAGAUACAAUCAUUGUCUACGCCAAGACAAACUUCAGUGGUCCAGCAAAGCACGGAAUAACUGCAUUUAUUGUUGAGAAGGACUUUCCUGGCUUCAGAGUUGGUCAGAAAUUGGAUAAACUGGGAAUCCGUGGAAGCAAUACGGGAGAAUUAUUCUUUGAAGAUUGCAAAGUUCCCGCGAAGAAUAUCCUCGGGCAGGAAGGAAAAGGUGUCUAUGUCCUGAUGUCGGGUCUCGACUAUGAACGUCUCCUUCUUGCAUCAGGUCCAGUUGGUCUUAUGCAGGCUGCCUGUGAUGUUGCUUUCGACUAUGCUCAUCAGAGGAAGGCUUUCGGACAGCGGAUUGGAGAGUUUCAGCUGAUCCAAGCCAAAAUGGCCGACAUGUAUACGCUUAUGGUGGCUUCUAGGUGCUACCUGUACAGCGUAGCCCGUGCCGUUGAUGCUGGUACAGCCAAUGCCAAAGAUUGUGCCGGAGUAAUCCUGUACACAGCUGAGAAUGCAACUAAAUUGGGAUUGGAUUGCAUCCAGAUCUUGGGUGGAAAUGGAUACAUUAAUGAAUAUCCAGCCGGAAGGAUCAUGAGAGAUGCAAAACUGUAUGAAAUUGGAGCGGGAACAUCAGAAGUUCGUCGUUUGGUUAUCGGUAGAACCCUCAAUAAUGAGUACAAGUGAUGAUGCUCGAACCAAAUUGUACCCAAUUGCCCAUUUGCAUUUAUUGCUUGCAUUUAUGAUGAUUUUGUAGGCAAAGGUGAACGUUGUGAUUAAAAUUUAUACAUAAAGUGAGGUUAUUUUGGUUCAAAUAAAACCUAAUUUUGUUGAA